UUAGUCCUUAUAUGCUGGUGGUUCAUUGUGCAUCUGUAGGGCACUAGUAGAUUCUGUAGGGCUUCAGUACAAGCCUAUAGCUGAUAUCAAAAGUCUGAUACAGAGCAACUGCAAGCAAGGAGAGCGAUAUACUGUUAAUCUGCUAUACAAUUUCACUGAUUAACGCCCUGAACUUCAUGUACAAGCCAAGUAUCGAUGGCUAGCUUCCAAAUAUUUGUUGCUUACAUUCUCGCUACCACAUUGGUACUGACUGCAGCUGGUGCCAAGAACAGAACAUUACAUAUCCUUUGUCUAUUACCGUACAACGAGCCUCCAUUCUAUCCAUCGUGGGAUGAUGGACCUCAGAUCAGAUUAGCACUGGAAAUGGCCAAAGAGGAGAUCAAUAAUCAGACAGCAAUACUACCAGAAUAUCGUAUAGAACUGAUUCACAACAACAGUGGAUGUCAGCACACAAGUAAAGCUUAUGAGGCGGUGUUUGCCAAUGUCUAUUCUCAAUUUGCUCCCAAACGAGUGGUUGGUAUUAUAGGUCCUGGUUGUUCGAGUUCAUCAGCUGCAGUAGGUUCGUUGCUAGGUCGUGAGCAGCUGUCAUUAGUGACAGUUCAUAGCGGAGGCAGCCUGAUACUGGCCAAUAGAACUACAUAUCGUUACGCUCUGAGCUCUAUCAGCUCAUCGGAAAAAUUUGCUAAAUUAGCCGUGGAACUAAUGAUAAAGAACAGCUGGACCAAAGUGGGAGUAUUAUUUGAAGAAACUCGUACAUUUUACUCAUCAAUUGCCAGUGAAGUCCAAAAACUUGUAUCACUAAACAGAACACUUAGUAUUGUUUCUACACCUGUGUUCAAUACCUACAUACCACUAAGAGAACUGGUACGAAAAAAUGGCCUUCGGAUAAACUUCUUGCUAACAGCGAAGAACAUCACGCAACGAACUCUUUGUCUAGCACAACAUUUCGGGAUGGUAUAUCCAGCCUACCAAUGGAUUGUCACCGUCAACACAUUCGAUGAGAUUGCUAGUAACGUGAGCUUCUAUUACGAGGGUAAAAAAUACACAUGUUCCGAAAAAGACAUUAAAACUAUUGCUCUCGAUAGAAGUUUAUUUCUUGUCUAUCGAUUAUCAGCAAUCAACGAGUCGUCACCGUCAACCUAUUCUAGACAUUCAUUCAACGAAUACGAUCAACUCAUUCAAAAAGGAAUCGAGGAAAGCAAUUUGCAGAGCGGCCUACUUAACAGGCCCGCUAUCGAGUAUUCCGUAUGGACCUCGUACUUUUACGAUUCACUGUGGGCGUGGUCUGUUGUUUUAGACAACCUUACAGAAAGUCUUGACCUCAGAACUUACAAAUACGGAAAUACAACCGUGUCGGAUAUGAUUUUAGACGAGUUCUAUCGCUUGGAUUUUAAGGGUGUGUCAGGAAGAAUUGCGUUUGACAAUAAGUCGGGAUUUGGGUUGAGAUCUGUUUCUGUGCUACAGGUGACAAAUGGCAUAUCAAAAGCUGUUGCUUAUCUUAAGAACGGAAACACGCUUAUACCGAUAGACAAUCUGUUGGAAUCAAUACCUGACAAGUUUGAUUCUGCAGAUACAGUGAGCAAUGAAGUUGUUGGUAUCUUCUUCACUAUUACAAUCAUAGAACUGGUGGUAUUGGUGGUGCUAAAUCUUCUCACGUACAAAUAUCGGACCCAUCCGUCCGUUAAAGCAUCAUGCAUCAAACUAAACCAAAUCAUGUUCGUCGGAUGCUACUGUUUCAUUCUAACAAUAUUUUUCUUCACUCUGCAGUCUUCUAAACUACUGAGUAAUGUUCCAUGGGUAACUGUGGCACUGUGUAACCUGUCUUGGUACUGGAUGCUGCCUCUAUCGUUUACACUGACUUUCGGAACAGUGGCUGUUCGAACGUGGAGAUUGUAUCGCAUAUUUACACACUAUCUGAAUCCAGGACGCUUCAUUACUGACUUCUACCUCAUCGUGUUUGUAUUCAUUUUGUUAUUGAUAGAUGCGCUAUUUGGAACAAUCCUGACAACACUUAAUCCUCAACAUUUUGGCCUAAUUAAUACAACUUCUAUUGAUGGAAAUGCAACAUUUUUAUACUAUUUCCGGACAUGUGGAAGUCGAAUUCCAGCGUUAACAAUUGGACUAGUUGUCGGUCCCAAAGCUUUGCUCAUGGCAGCUGUGUUGAUGCUUACUGUGCUAACUCGGAACAUAAAGAGCAAAUCCUUCACCACGAAGACUUUACGUAUACUAAUCUAUCUAAUCAUCCCAGUGAUGGUGCUGGGAUUUGUAAUAUAUUACUUCUUCUAUUUCGAGGUACCGACAUUGACCGUACCUUUCUACUCAUCAGUGAUAACUUUUAACAUCAUGUUAGUGUUGUUUGUUGCUUUGAUAUGUUUCCCGCCACUACUGCCCAAGUUACAAGAGGGAUUCUACAAAAUUGUUCGAAAGAACAAACCACUGUACGAGGCUCGUGUGGAGAUCCAAAUUAACAGUUUACCCAUAUCCUUUUAAAUUCUUAUUCUGCACUGUAUUAUUAUUCAUAAUCAUUAAUUGUACUCAUGCAUCAUAAUGCAUAACAGUAGUCAUGUGUCCCUCGAUCCCUCUGUCGUUGGCAUACAUCAAAAGGGUCCCAGCAGAUUCUUAGAUCUUCUGAGUACUCUGCAUGGGAAAGCGUAUAUAAGUUUAAUAUUUCCAAAACUAUAAAGGAGGUUAGCAACGAAAAUAUUUGUUACUGCACAUCGGGAUCAUUAAGACGAAAGUCAAAUGAGUUAUGUACACAUGCAACUGACACACGACAUAAUUAAUAUAAUCAUGAUUCUCAGUGUUAUCUUGCUGACUUGAA